GUUAUUCGUGUUCCAACAUUCAAGUCGUGCAGACGCAGCCGCUCCGUAUGUCGUGUGUUUCUUCUGACUCGCGUUUGCGUACGUACAAUUAAUAAAGCAGAAAAAUUAUAAGACAAAAAAAAAAACUAGACAGGAACUGUGCCAAGAGCAAUAUAUAAAAAAGUCAUUUUCAAUUUGCAUUUAAACACAUGCAGCUUGCAAUGCUCUCCCCGCACGGUACGUGACUUUCUUGCCACCUGAUUUUCUGUGUUUUGUUUUUGUUUGUAUUUGGCAAAGAAGAAAUUGCUGAAGUGAAGUACAGAAAAGAAAAAUACAGCUGCAAAUAAAAAUUAAAAAAAAAUCAAGCGAAAAAGUGAACAAAAAAUCAGAGCAAAAUGCCGUCGUUUAUAGAGGUGAAACCCCUGGCGCAGCCAUUGACGACACUUGCGCUGCGCCCCUCCAAGUCCUCGCCCGAGGUUCAGUCCGUCAAGCGGAAGCUGUUCGAUUGCCGUCCUGGCAAUGACAUCGACGCAAUGAUGGAGGCGGAAAACAAGCGCACCGAAAAUUAUUUAAAUGAACGCUAUAACAUAACUAUCGAACAACUCGAGAAGGGCACAACGCAAGUUUAUAUUGUGAAUGGCAUCGAUGUGAAAAAAUCGAUUUCGAAAGUGCAAAAGGAGCCCAAUUAUGCAGUCGCGCCUAAAAACGGCCUCAAAAGAAUUUACCGCAUACGCAAGGGCUACAAUGGAGCUGCGAAGGUGCCAAAACGUAAAAGUAAUCAGAUCAGCAGCAAGAACAAUCAGACUGCAGCUGAUAGCCAUACUAGCGAAAUGGGGCAAUAAUUGAUAUUAUUAUAAAAAUUUUUAUUAUUUAAAUAAUUUAUGUUUUUUUAUAUGUGUAUAUUUUUUUUGUUUAAACAAAUCCAAGACUUGACAGUUCAAAUUGUUGUUUAAGCUUUUGUUGCGAAGCCGUUUGCUUUGAAAAAAAGAAAAGAAAAAAACGAAGAAGUAGAAGAAGAAGAAGCAGAAUAAGAAGCCCACACACGCACACUCAAAAUAAUAAAAUUAGAUACUAAUUAGAUACACCCCCCAAUUUCAAAGCGUUCUCAGCGUGUUUCUGGCUUCUGCAGCACGCGUGUGCCGAAAGUAUUUACAAUUUGUCAUGAUCUCAAUAAAAACAAUUUAAAUUAU